UGUGUUUAAUUUCUUUUGUGCAGAGAGCGGGAGAGGGAGAGAGCCCCGGGAAGAUGGACGGAAGAGCUCGAAUGGAGGCCAUUUUGAGAUCCCUUACGUCGGCGGGAUGGUGCUUCAGGGACGCCGACGAAACCAUCGGCGCGUUAUCUGCUUUUGCCACGACCACCGGUGUCGUUGAUGAGAAAACGAUGGAGGCAGAGUUGCUCAACAUGGAUCUGAGAGAAAUCGGUGGGAGAUCACUGCCCGACCCUUCCCUUUUGAAGAAAUCAUCUCAUCUUCAAGGCCCUAAAGUCUUGCAGGUUAUGUCUGUCAGAGAUGUUCAUCAAAGUAGCACUGAAGUAUCAUUCAAAAACUCUAAAAGGCUUCUGAUGUUUUGUCUUACUGAUGGUUAUUCAGAAGUAACCGCCAUAGAGUAUACUCCAUUAUUAUCAAUCACAGAAGAAAUUAUUCCUGGCACAAAGGUUCGGUUGGAGAACAAAAUACCAAUACACAGUGGCAUAUUAUGCCUGGAAUCCAAAAUGAUCACCGUGCUAGGUGGUCUGGUGCAAUCUCUUUAUGAAGAGUGGCAGAUUAGUCGGAAGUAUUCUGGAUUUUCUCGUUCUCAUUUGAAGCUGUCUCAAAAUACGGACUCUGUAGGUCCUCCACCAUUUGAGAAGUUGCAAGUCAGUUCUCACCUUCAAGGGUGCAAGCCACAGAGCAGUUCAUCAGAGUUUAUUGCAAAGAAUAUGGUUCAACCUCAUCUGGAACGAUGUUCUGAUGCAAUAAGGGCUAGGGGCACUGAGGGUUAUCGUGGUGCCCAUGAAACUCAUGUUUCUGAUGCUACUGUUCAAGGUCGCUCUUGCAUAACAGAGUCAACUUCAGAGAGAGACGAGGAGAAGUCUGCUUCCUCCAGUUCCAGGCCAAAAGAAAUUUCAGAUGCUGUCCCUAUUCAAAAUCAAGCUGCUGCCCAAAAACUAUUUGGAAGAAUGAACAAACCAGACAAGGAUGGCAGGCAACCUAUGCGUGGGAGAGGCACAAGGCAGCGUGGUAAAGGAAAAGCUGAAGAACCAGCAGUUUUUACGCUGGAUGAAUGGGAGAAAAGAAAAUCCACCACCGGGAUCUCAGGCAAACUUGAGACUGGUUUAGAUGUAAGAAGUGAUGAAGAAAUUGCUAGGCAGCUACAGAGACAAUUAAAUUUGGAAGAUCAAAAUUUUGCAGGGUGUCAUGAAUCUGAAGCAGACAAAAUACGCAUGAGUAUGUUCAACUUUGGAAGAGAAGGAAUACAAGCUGAAGGUGGACGUGUGGGCAGAGGUAGAGGUAGAGGAAGAGGUAGACGGAGAUUCGGUUGACAGAACAACAUGUGAUUGAUAUUUUUUUAGGUUGCAUUUGGGAAGUAUGUCGCAAGAGUUGCAAGGGCACCGGCAGCACUUGUCCUUGCUGGACCCUCCUGUCCUUGUAGCAAUUUUUGAGUAGGUCCUCUAGGCUCUAUAACCCCAUGUUUCCUCUCUUCCUACUCUUUCCAGCAAGGUGGUAUCUUCCACUUGUUUUGAAAUAUUUCGAGAUCUCUCUCUCUCUCUCUCUCUCUCUCUCUCACACACACACACACACAUAUAACAUAUACUGCAUUUAUUCAUUGGUAAGAGAGCAAACAGGUACCGUCCUCAUAUCAUAUCUAAAAGGAGACUUAGUGCUUCGGUUGUACACUAGGCUUUUUUUUCGGGAUAGAAAAAAGCCAUACCACUUUUCGGAUGCAAGCUUGGGGGAACCAUACCACUUUUAAUCCUUCUGAGCUUUGGUAGUUUGGUUUUGCUUGUUUCUCUGUGUUCCCUUGUAUGUAAACCCUUUUUCUUGUUUUCAAGUUUUAAAUCUUCAGUAUGCUGUACAUUAUAAAUUGGCUUAUUGUCUGUCA